AUGAUUGAUGACUUGAUUCGGUUAGAGGCGUGUCGAGCACAAGGAAAGUCAUGGAAUAGAGAAAAGGACGAUAUUCAUUGGGAAGUGGAGAUUUUGUUGGAACAGACGGUGCUAGUUGGAGCGGUGAAAGGGCCGGGUAUCAGUGGAGAUACAUAUGAUCAUAUUCCAGCUGUAACUGGUAGUCACAGGAAAAUGAGAUUAAUCGGAAAAGGAGUGAAACGACUGCAUUCGAUAGGCCAUGGUGAACAAAUUCGCUUGAAGGAACAAACUCUCAAGUACUUCUACAGGUUUAUGUUAAUGUGUCCCACGAAUAUUCAUGGAUGA